AUGAGUUCUAAUAUUGUUCAAUAUGUUGUUGUGCGUGGAGAUCUACUAAAGCAAUUAGAAUGGCCCGUCGGGGCGCUUAUAGCGCAAGCCUGUCAUGCUGUAACUGCAGCUAUACACCUUUUUUAUCAAGACGAAAUAACUCAGGAAUAUUUAAAAGACACGGAUAACAUGCAUAAAGUAGUACUAGAAGCUCCAGAUGAAAAAGCCCUAGUGUCGUUAAAAGACAAACUCGAAGAAAACGGCAUUAAGUACAAAUUGUGGAUAGAACAACCCGAAAACAUACCUACGUGUUUAGUUUGUAAACCUUACAUUAAGGAUGAUGUACAGAAGUAUUUUAAGAAGUUCAAGUUAUUUAAAACUUGA